AUAAGUACCAGCAGCAGACUUGUAAACAUCUGGUUGAUCAAUGGCGUAAAUUAAGUUACCUCUUUGUUUGAAAGUAACUCUGGUAAUACCUUUAACUUGUUUUAAACCUAAUUUUUUGAUGAUUUCUCUGGCUUUCUUUUCGUUCUUUGGGAUGACGUUAACGUCAGCACCGGCUGGGAUUUCUUCGAUAGACAUUGUACUUGAUUUGAUAUGAAUUGUAUCUGAUUCUAAAAAGAAAGAAAAGUCAGCAAAAGCUGAAAAAUUUGAAAUCUCAAAUCGUUUGAAAAAUUGUCGACAAAUUCUCUCCACUAAAAAAAAAAUUUUCGACUUCUCAGUCAUGUGCUUAACUGCACAUGAUCUCAUCUAGACCAUCUUAAAAACAUGGUCUGAUACAAGACGUAUGAUGUAGUCGUUUAAAUUUUUCAGAUCAAGCUGUUAAAAAGGAUUUGAAAAACUUCUUCCAUAAGGGUAAACGAUUCAUUAUCAUGACUAAGAGACAAGAAGAAACUCAGGAUCUGAACGGACCAAGUUCUAAGAAAUUGAAUAUUAAUUUCAAUAAAGAAGAAAUCAAAUCAUUCUUCAAUCAAAAGAUCUUUGAUGAAACUUUUCAAGAUAAUUUACAAACAGAAAUUAAAGAAAGUCAACCUUAUAGAUGGGGACAUUUCACUGAAUUGGUAGAUGAUACGUUAUUAAGACAAGUUCGUACUGAAGUUCUUCAUGAAAUAGCAUUCACUAAGAAAGAAACUGAUAUUUAUAAAGUAUUCCAAUCGGGAGAUUUAGCUAAUUUAUCAGGCUUAAAUUGGGAUGAUUUAUCUAAAUUACCAUCAUUAUAUAAAUUAAGAAGUGCUAUUUAUUCUCAACAAUUUAGAGAUAUUGUUUCCAAAGUUUGUGGAUGUGGGAAAUUAAGUGGAGUUAAGACUGAUAUGUCAAUUAAUGUUUAUAAUAAAGGAUGUCAUUUAUUAACUCAUGAUGAUGUGAUUGAUACUAGAAGAGUUAGUUUUAUCUUAUAUAUGCCUGAACCAGAUAAGGUUUGGCAUGAAAGAUAUGGUGGAUCCUUAAGAUUAUUUGAUUCUAUUGUACCUAAUGUCCCUCAAACUGAUUUUUAUCAAAAAUUUACACCUCAAUUUAAUCAAAUGGCAUUUUUUACAGUUCAACCAGGAUUAUCAUUCCAUGAUGUGGAAGAAGUUAGAGAAGAUAGAAAGAGAUUAAGUAUUCAAGGAUGGUUUCAUAUUCCUCAACCUGGUGAAGAUGGGUUUAUUGAAGGUGAAGAAGAAUCAAUCAUUGGGAAAUCAACCUUACAAUUAUUACAAUCCAAGGAAUUACAAGAAUUUGAUUUCCCAAAAUUGAUUAAAAAUGAGUUUGAUGAGAUUGAAAUUAAACAUUAUGAAGAAUUUGAAAAUGUGGGACAAUUUACCAAACUUGAUAUUGAUUAUUUAUCAAAAUUUAUUAAUAAAAAUUAUCUUAAUAAUGAAAGUUUGAUUAAGAAUUUAUCGGAAAGUUUCCUUAAUGAAUCAAUCUUAGAAUUAAAAGAGUUUUUAAAUGAAGAUUAUGCUCUGACUUUACGUGAAUUAAUCAGACAUGAAGAAUUAAACGUUAAGAUUCCAAUUAAAGUUGAUGAAAUAUCUCAACCUUGGAAAUGUGCCAUUCCACCUCAUAAACAUCGGUUCUUAUAUAUCGAUGGGAAAUCAAACAAUAUGGAUAUCACAUCUGCUGAAUCGAUCAAUUUCACUAAUUCAAUUGGUCCUCAAGAACUACCUAAUUUUUCUCAAGUUAAAAGUGAAAAAGAAGUUGAUAAUAAAUUGAUUGAAUUAAGUCGAUUUUUAAAAUCGAUUGUCUUUAAAAAAUGGUUAAAAUUAAUUACAAAUUUAGUAUUGGUAGGUGAUCAAGUUUUAAUUAGAAGAUUCAGACCGGGAUCAGAUUUCAUCUUAGCUACUAAACAAACUGAAGAUCUCUUAUUGGAAGCUACAUUAAAUUUAACUCCUAGUGCUAUUAAUCCAAAGAAUUGGGAAUCAGGUGAAUUUGGAGGGUAUGAAUUAUGUAUGUCUAGUGGAGGAGGUGAUGGUGAAGAUGAUGAAGAAAAUGAUGAAGAGGAUGAUCCUGCCAUUUAUAGAAGUAAUGGGGAUGAUAGUGUAUUAUUUACCAAUCAAUGUCAAUGGAAUUCAUUAACUUUAGUAUUAAGAGAUAGUUCAGUAUUGAAAUUUAUUAAAUAUGUGAGUAUCAAUGCUAAGGGGUCAAGAUGGGAUAUAAGUUGUCAAUGGAACAUUCAACAAGAUGAUGAUGAGGAGGAGGAUGAGGAGGAGGAGGAAGUAUAAGAAUAGAGAAGAUAUCUAGACAUGUAAAUAGUUACUUAGAUCUAAUAAAGCGUUAAUGACAUUUGAAGUAAUAAUAUCCUGUUUAAUAGUGAGUCGGAUGAUAUAUCCAUGUAAGUUACAAACUCCAUGAUAUGAAUGAUUAAUUAAAUUAAAGUUUAAAUUGACAUUUUGCAACUUAUUCAAUUCCAGGGGUCGGGAGAUGGUGUUAAUGUUA